AUGGCAGAACCAGGUGCUGUUGGACCUGCAGCUUCGGGCCCGGGCGUGCAUUGGGCACCCUUGGAUAAACUGACACGGACUCCUCCUUCGAGUGAAGCUGCUUUCCUAGAUAGCAACCCGAACGCGCCAUCAACCAAGGAUCACGAAAGAAAGAUUUCAACCGGUGCAAAGGAGGCCAUUUUGACAAGCAAGUUGAAUAGAUUGGGCCAAAUUCUUUCUUGGGGGCAUAUGAUUGACGAGUAUCCUACGAACGGGCAGCUUCAUGACUACGAAUGGGACCUUAUCCUUGGUUCCCAACUCAAUCCAAAGCUGGAGCUCUGGGCAGCCCAUCAAUUGGACCUCCUAGACGUUGGUCAUUCUUGCAUCACAAUGGAGGGUAACUUCAUCGAAAAAGUAUCCUGCCUUCGAGACGAGUUUCAAAAGUACCUUGACCAGGAGGCUAUUGAUAUGGAGGCCCCCAAUGGAGCCACGAUGAUGGCAUCAGCGUUUGAGUUUGCGGAAAUGAAAAGCUUUGCUCGAAUCUGGAGAAAACAUCUGAGCGAUACGUACUCGGAGCAUUUAGAUGAAGUCUACUGGAACCGAACCGCUGAAGGACUCAUCAAUGAGGAGUUCGCGGAAUCUGCAAUGCGGACGAGGCGUUCCGUGAUGUACCCAGCACCCUAUAUUUUUGACCGUAACAUUGCUUUGUGGGACAAGAACAGUUUCACUCUUCCAAUCCAAGCUACUCCCUUCCCACUUGGAGCAGAUCGGGCAUACUCUUCCCUGUCGGACGGAGCGUCUACUCAAUGCAGUCUGGAUGCGCACUCGGACUACAAAGCGACCACGGCGACUGUAGAAGCUGCCACCAGUUUCAAGUCCGCACUGAAUCGCAGAUUCAAGGAGAGAAAAGGGGAACCCUUGACUAACAUUGCUGAUUGGAAGUACCAUAAUGCUGGAAGCGCUGACAUCUUCCCAGAAGAAACAGUGAAGUUAGGUUCAGUUGCAUUUGACGCAGAAGGAAAUCUCCUGCCAGGUAACCUAACGAAACGAACUCUUGGAAGGACUGCUAAGUGGCUCAUGGUUACCCCUUGGCUCCAUGAUGAGAACUUGCAAAAUCUGGUGGAACGUUCGCAGCAAGAUGAGAUUCUCUAUUCGAAGGCAGCAACCGAAGUGUACGAUAGUGAUCAUCCUUGCGACAAGACAGCAACCAACACAGAUCUCUUCGUAUUUGCGAUUUCGAUUGCAAUGGCAGGUUUUGGUGCCCUUACUGGCUUCUUGAAAUCCGUUCACUCUUGCUUCCAUUGGUGGGCGCUAUUCUGCAUUGGGAAGCCACCCGUACAAGCCGCAAAUGCCAAGCCUCAGAAAGGUUGUCUACUUUACGAGAUGUUUUUCGUUUUCCUUGGUAUGCUGAUCUUCAUUGGUCUCUUUGUGCCCCUCGUUGUGCAAACUGUUGAAGAAGUCAAAGCAGCCAAUUACAAGCGCGAGUUUGUGACAAUGAAAAUGCACUACGGUGAAUGGGAUUACACUGCAGCUAUGACCAACUCCAUCAGCUCACCAACUCUAGUGACGUUUGUGCAAGCGGAAUCAUACUGCGAAGAAGCCAGGCCAACGGUGAUGCUGACGAUGUUGAUUGUGGGCUUGGUGAUAACUAUUCUUGCCAAUGCUCCCUUGAUUGAUCGUGCCCUUCGAGUUUUGAAACGAUUUGUGAGUGGCCAAACCAAGGCUGCCUCCAACAACAGCUCGGGAUAUACAAUUUAUGAUGAGGAGCUGGUGGCGUUGAAUCCCGUCGACAUUUCCGACUUCAAGAGACAAUCUGUUCGCGAUUGGGUCGCUAACACCCACCUUGGGCAUUUCUUCCGUUGCUGUUGCUGCAGCCCUCAGGUGAACAAUACCAUCAACACAGCUAGUCCCAGCGCAGCUCAAAUCAAGCUGCUACAUGCAACUCCACAGGUGCAGUACCAACUGGGUCUGCGACACCAACGGUUGCGACAGCAGGUAGUUUGAACACUGCCAGCAACACAGCCAGUCCAAGUGCAACCUCGAACCAAGCUGCUACAUGCAACUCUG